AAGGGAUCUUAUACUUAAGGUUCCUCUGUAGCUGUCUGAGCUUGUGCAUGUUUCAUGAGACAUCGUCGUCCCCUACUACACGUGAAAGAGCCUCAACAUCUGGCCAGGGCAUUAUCUACCGGAGCUGAUGUUGUCGUGCUAAUUAGCCGCUCUAUCCUUUUUUUUCCCAACUUACAGUGGAAAGAUAGACAAUCAAUUCAGAAGUCAGCCGUCAAACCGUCCUCGCGUUUGCCCGUUUUACACGCCGCCGGCAGCCGGGCUUGAACCACACGAACCGCCUCCCGUCUUCAACUGGACCUUUGCCGCAAAGGUGCCGAACGCCGCAGUCACAUUCCAUUAGGAAUCCAAGAUCGCAAUGGCGGACCGCACAACACUGCUUCGCCCUCCCCCCAACGACCCUAACAAGGCGCCUAUCGAAAAUGCCCUCGACGUGACAGAGCUGGCCGUCUUGGGUCCCAACAUUUUCACCAACACGCAUCCACCAUGGCACCCCCCUGGUGCACGGGGCAUCUACGGCGGCGCAGUGAUCGCCAUGUGCCUCGCCGCGGCGCAGCGUACGGUGUCGCCGGACUUCGUCGUGCACUCGUGCCACUGCUACUUCCUGCUGGCCGGCUCGUCCGAGCUGCCGAUCCUGUUCCACGUCGAGCAGGUUCGCGACGGCCGGUCCUUCGCCACGCGCACCGUCCAGGCGCGCCAGCGGGGGCGCUGCAUCUUCACUACCACCAUCUCCUUCACCGUGCGGACGGAACCUUCUUCUUCUCCUUCUUCUUCUUCUGCGUCAGGUAGUGGGAGGCAGCGGCAGCAGCAGCAGCAGCAGGUGAGCCACUCGAGCGAAAUGCCCUGCGACGCGGACGGCAAGCCGUUGCAGCCGCCGCCAGACGAUUACAGCGAUGAGCCCGACCUUUCGAACCCGGGCCCUUUUCAGGGCACCAAGAUCGAGAUUGUCAACGCGGGGAGCGACAAGCCGGGCGAGAAGAAGACGCGGCAGUGGAUCCGGGCCAGGGGCAAGAUUGCGGGCGGGAUGCCGGCCCACCUGGAGGCGCUGGCCUACGUGUCGGACAGCUACUUCAUCGGAACCAUCACGCGCAUCCACAAACUGUGGCGCUUCCCGUUCAGGGCCGAAGAGUUCGACAGCCUGCCCGAGGACCUGCAGCGCAAGGUGAAGUCGCUGCAUCAGUGGGAGGGCAUGGGCGAGGAUCCCAGGGAGAUGGUGGGACAGCCGGUCAUCGGAAUGAUGGUGAGCUUGGACCAUACCAUCUACUUCCAUAACCCAAGCAAGGUGAGGGCGGACGAGUGGAUGUUGAAUGAGAUGGAGAGUCCGUGGGCCGGGGACGGGAGGGGCGUGGUGACCCAGAAGAUAUUCAGCAAGGACGGCACGCUGCUGGCGACAUGCGUACAGGAGGGUCUCGUCCGUCUCCAGCAGCCCAAUCCCGAAGAGCGCAAGGAGUCCAAGCUGUAACUCGACAGAGGGCCUCCAAUCGGCGAUUGUGUCUUCCUGUGGAUAACUUACCUAUUGUACUCUUUUGACCAUGCGUGUUUUCUGUUUUGCAUAGAGAGGCAUGUAUGUAUAAGGUAGAUGGCCUGAGGCUGGGUGCUCAAGUGCCGCCAACGGUCCUUGUCGGCGAAUCUCAUAUCGAGCACCAAAUAAUAGAGAUGCAUGGAUACCUACUACUAAUAUGUGUGCAUAGCGAUGUGGUUUUAGUUAAAAGAGAACCAUUUAUCUGCCUUAUUUCUGGAAGUCCUCCAGCUGGAAGAGAGGCAAGGAACAGAUUGCACGACAGACUGUCGAUGGAGUGGUAGACUUGUGUUCUUUUCUUGUCUCUUUUCUUUUUCUAAGAUAUGU